UUGUGUUUCUCCACCUCUCAAGUUUUCAACGCCACUCUCCCCACUCCUUUUCUUCUUCUUCCCCUGCGGAGUCUUCAAUGGAGGCCAGAGUCUCUUCCUCUCUUGGCCUCCCAUCCCCAAAACCCCACCAACUCUCAACAACACUCACAGAAUUCCCUUCUCUUCUCAACCAUUUCACCACCCUCACCCACACCCACGUCCUCCCUUUCGCCUCCACCUCCAAUUCCAACCCGACCCGACCCAACAAAUUGCUACGACCCACCCCCAAACCCCAAUCCCUCAUUAAAACCCUCUCCGUCCUCGAACGCGCCCUCAUCGGCGCUGCCGGCGGCGGAAUCGCCGGCGCAUUCACCUACGUCUGUCUCCACCCCCUCGACACCAUCAAAACCAAGAUGCAAACCAAAGGCGCCUCGCAAAUUUACAAGAACACCCUCGACGCUGUCGUUAAAACCUUCCAGUCCAAGGGCAUUCUCGGCUUCUACAGCGGUGUCUCCGCGGUAAUUGUCGGUUCCACUGCUUCCUCUGCUGUUUAUUUCGGCACAUGCGAGUUCGGAAAGUCGUUUUUAUCAAAAUUCGAGAACUUCCCCGCCGUUUUAAUUCCCCCGUGCGCGGGCGCGAUGGGAAACGUCGUGUCGUCUGCGAUAAUGGUUCCCAAGGAGUUAAUAACUCAAAGAAUGCAAGCUGGUGCUAAGGGGAGGUCGUGGGAAGUUUUAGUCAACAUUUUGAAAAACGACGGCGUUAUGGGUCUCUACGCCGGUUAUUCCGCCACGUUGCUGAGGAAUUUACCCGCUGGGGUUUUGAGUUACUCGUCGUUUGAGUAUUUAAAAGCUGGAGUGUUGAGGAGAAGCGAGAAGAGCCACUUAGAACCGAUUCAGAGCGUGUUUUGUGGGGCACUGGCUGGGGCUAUAUCUGCGUCCAUUACGACGCCGUUGGAUGUGGUGAAGACGAGGUUGAUGACGCAGGUUCGUGGGGAGGGUGUGAGUAAGGUCGCGGCGGUUAUGUACGACGGCGUUUCGGCUACGGUGAAGCAGAUUUUGAGGGAGGAAGGGUGGAUUGGACUGACACGUGGCAUGGGUCCUAGGGUUCUUCAUAGUGCGUGUUUUUCUGCUUUGGGGUAUUUUGCUUUUGAAACGGCUAGGCUUAGUGUGUUGCAGCAGUAUCUUAGAAGAAAGGAGUUGAGUGAAGCUGAAAUUUCUGUUUCUGCGGGAUGAGUUGAUGAUGGCAUUUUGCGGUAAUUUUGAUUCUGUUUGGUUCUUUAUUCCUUAAUUUUGAUUUGGAUGUUGGCUGUGUUUGGUUUGUUUAAUAGACACGCUAUUGGCAUAAGGGCUUUUUUUAAUGAUAAUUGCUUCAAAUUACAAGUAGAAUUUUUCGGAGGAAAGGAAGUUGUUAUGGCAAAUGUGCUACUACAAUGGCAUACAUAAAUGUAGUUUCUGUAAUGUUAUUUUAGUUGGUCAUUUGGUUGAGAUUUGUUAUAAAAGUGAUUUUGCCAAUUCCUAGUCACGGUGUUGGAAAUGUAGGAAUGCCCACCGCAACAAAUCUACUGCUAAGAUUUGUUUGGUAUGAAUGACAUUUGUCUCUCCAUGCAUGUCGCAUGAAUAUCUGAAUAUGUUGCAUAUUGGGUGUUCACUAGUCUCCUACCUGAAUUAGUUUGUUCCUUUGAAGCUAUGGCAAUUGGCAAGUAUAUUUUUAUAUUGGGAGUACUGUAAAUUGAACAUUUUGCCAUAACAUUUCUUGAAUUGAACACGUUCCAACCCUGUGGUGGAGAUACUCUUUCCCGCAUUGUACAAUUCUUGUGUUUAAAGUUAAAACAUCAUAGAUCAUUU